CGGUAAAUUCUUAAAUGAUCAAAAAGAGAAACAAGAUUAUAUACGAGUAUAAUGGGAAUUGGUCUGGUAUGAUUAAGAUUACUGGAAUUGAGUCACUCAGCCCGAUAAGUUCAUAAAAUAAUUCUGCCACCUUUAGCCUUGUUCACGACGGACGAACGACGAUAGGCAAGCCGCCGAGCAUCAUUACCACGAACAUCUGUUCUCUCAACUAGACAUCACUCCCCAUCUAAGUACAGCUGCGAUGUCUUCCAACGUUGGCCUCACGACCCCUCGAGGCAGUGGUACCUCGGGCUACGUCCAGCGCAAUCUUGCGCAUCUCAAACCCCGAGAACAGUUCAAGCCAUACCCUACCGACGGCGACCUGAAGCACCGCCAACGCCAGCCCGACAAGGAAAUCCUCGAGCAUGACCGGAAGCGCGACGUUGAGGUGAAAGUUUUUGAACUUCAGGACAAGUUAGAAGACGAAGGUGUCGAUGAGGAGGAGAUUGAAAAACAGACCGAGGCGCUACGACAAAAGUUACUGGGAGAAAUGAAGAAGGGAACUGAUAGGCGAGAUGCGAAAGGACUCAAGUCCCAUCAAGUACACGAGCUGGCGGAAGCAAAGAUCAGAGAGAGCGAUCGGUUCAGGAACGCCCUGGGAAUCAGCAAGAACUACGAAGAAGGGUCUCAUUGGAGGAAGCAGGAGGAAAGGAUGCGGGAAAACCUUGAGAAGAGCGGAAAUGACGACAAGGAACGGAAGAGCGCUGCUUAAGCCUUCGUUGGUUUAUGGAUUUAUCGGUUACAUGCAUAAUGCGGCGUUCAUAGUCAUGGGUAGAUUGUGGGACUGGUGUUGGUGGUAAUGGCACUGUAUUUUGGGAAUCAUUGCAUAAAAUAGCUUCUAGGGAAUACAAAGGCACUGCGUAAAGCAAU